AUGGGAGGCAAGUGCGGCCACCACCAGUGCAGGCGAAAGAAGCUCAUAAAGCGGUUCUGUGCCGGCUUCCUUAUCUUAAACUUCAUCAUUCUCCUUGUCAUCCUCAUCGUCUGGGCCACCCUCCAGCCUAAGAAACCCCGGUUCAUCCUCCAGGAUGCCACCAUCUUUUCACUCAACGUCUCCGCCCCCAAUAUCAUCUCCACCACCAUCCAAGUCACCAUCAAUUCCCGCAACCCCAACUCCAAAAUCGGCAUUUAUUACGACAAAUUAGAUAUCUUCGCCACCUACCACAGCCAGCAACUGACCUACUACACCAUCAUACCUCCGGUUUAUCAGGGCCACAAGGACGUAAACAUCUGGUCACCUUUUGUUUCCGGAAACAACGUGCCGGUGGCACCGUAUAAUGGUCUAGCCUUGAGCCAGGAUCAGUCUAAUGGAGCUCUUUAUAUGGUUUUCAAGAUAGAUGGCCGUGUUAGAUGGAAAGUUGGAUCGUUCAUCUCCGGCCGGUACCACCUCCACGUCACCUGUCCGGCUUAUAUCCCGGUCGGAAAUAGCUGGAAUACUGGAAUUAUAGUCGGCACCGCAGUUAAGUAUCAGUUAUCACAGCGUUGUAAAGUCAGUGUGUGA